AUGCCAAUGUCUGUAUAUUUGAUUUUAUUUGCACUGUUACUUGAUGUGACAUCGGCUGCUGAUGAUCCAAAACUACCCACAUCAAAUUCUAUGAUCACUGUUGAAAAAAUAACGCCAGCAGAGUAUGACGCGUUGAUAAGCUCUGGACAAUUUCAACUUAUCAAGCAAGAUUCGGGCUUAUACAGAGUAGAUUUGACUCCAGUUCCAACAAGGGGAGUACCAUGCGCGGUGGCUUUCAAUCGCUGGUUUAACCAAUAUGAUGAUUCUUUUCAAUCUGCGGCAAAUUCACAAUGUAAGUCGAUUCGAGGUGCUUGGAGAAAUAAUCGUUGUUGUGUACUGUUCGUAGUCAAUCCACAUAUUCCACCUUGCUCUCAACGGUUACAAUACGAAUACGUUGAACAGAUAACGAUUCCAGGAUACCUUAGCUCUGACGCUACACCUGUAGGAAAAUAA